AUGGAGCCGCAAUUGUCCGAGGAACACGGCGUCAGGAUCGCUGUUGAGGGAUGCGGCCACGGCACACUCCACGCAAUCUACGCAUCAAUCGAACGAGCAUGUGCUGUGAAAGGCUGGCCAGGCGUGGAUCUACUCAUCAUCGGAGGCGAUUUUCAGUCAGUACGCAAUGCACAUGAUUUACAAUGUGUCUCUAUGCCAGCAAAAUACCGCGAAAUGCAUGACUUCCACGAAUACUACUCUGGAGCUCGCAAAGCACCUUACCUAACAAUCUUCGUCGGUGGAAACCAUGAAGCCGCCAAUUAUCUCUUCGAAUUGUACUAUGGUGGCUGGGUGGCACCAAACAUCUACUACAUGGGUGCGGCUAAUGUGCUUAAACUUGGACCUUUGAGGAUUGCUGGUAUGAGCGGUAUUUGGAAAGGCUUUGACUACAANAAGCAACAUCACGAGAGACUUCCUUACAACGAGGGUGAUGUGAAAAGCAUCUAUCACGUCAGAGAACUCGAUGUGAGAAAGUUGCUCCAGAUACGCACGCAGGUUGACGUCGGCAUCUCUCAUGACUGGCCUAGAGGUGUAGAGUGGAAGGGUGAUUGGAAGAAGUUGUUCAGACAAAAGGCGCAUCUAGAAGAAGAUGCUAGGAAUGGUCAGUUGGGCAGUGUGGCUGCGACUUAUGUGAUGGACAGAUUGAGGCCGCCGUAUUGGUUCAGUGCGCAUUUGCAUUGCAAGUAUGCUGCAGUCAUUGACCAUGAAAAUCCUGGAACAGCAUCUGGUCCUUCAGCUUCUGCCAGCAAUGAAGUUGCUGCUGACGAGGUAACCAAGAAGAACUCGGACGAGAUUGACCUGGAUAUGGAUGACGAAGAAGCGCCAGCUCCGGUGCAGCCGACAAAAACACUGAUGAGAUUGACCUGGACAUGGAUGAGGAUGAGCCAGCACCAACAUCAAAGCCUAGCGAANAGUGCAGCAGUUCUGCCUGUCAACGCAGAUGAACUCGAUCUCGAGCUCGAAGACGAUACCGAACCAACGACCGCACCAGUAGCUCCAGGUCAAGGACUAGACGGCGCCCGAGUACCCAUCGCACCCUCAAUCUCCCAAGAAACCUCCACAAACGCAUCCACAGUCCCAGAAGAUCUCCGCGCUCAACUCCCAGCCUCUUUCGCAAAACCUGCUUCUCGCCCUGAAUCCACAAACCAACCAGUCUCACACCCUCCCGGCAUCACAAACACCAAGACACAUUUCUUGGCUCUGGACAAAUGUCUUCCAAACCGUGAUUUCUUGCAGGUGCUUUCUAUGCCUGCAAUUUCUGAUCCUACAGCUUCGGUCCAACGACCUUUGCAGUUAGAGUACGACACAGAAUGGCUAGCCAUCACUCGCGUCUUUGCUUCUGAAUUAACCCUCAACGGCGACCCCAACACCCGCGCACCACCAGACCUCGGCGAACAACACUACAAACCUCUAAUCUCCGCCUCCGAAACCUGGAUCAAAGAAAACGUCAAAGACAUGACCAUCCCCUCAAAUUUUNNGGAAAUCACAGCUCCGGUGUUCGAUGCUGCGGCGGGAAUUCAUGUCCAAGGUGCUCCAAGAGAGUAUACCAAUAAUCAGACCAGUGGGUUUUGUGACAUGUUGGGGAUUGCCAAUCCNUUUGAUGUUUCAGAGGGAGAGAGGGAGGAGAGGAUAAGAGUGGGACCGAGGCCGGAUGAGCAGAGAAGAGAUGGCGGGUUUAGGGGUGGUCGUGGAGGUGGUGGCAGGGGAGGAGGUAGAGGAAGGGGAAAUGGUCGUGGUGGCAGAGGUGGAAACGGAGGACGUGGAAGAGGAAGAGGUCGUGGAGGGCCUAGAUACUAG